ACCAUCUUGAUACAGGUGAUAAUUACACUAUAGGCGAUACAGAAUCAGGAAAGUCUAACUCUGAACCAGAGACAAGCGACAGUUCAAAACCUCAAAUACAGGCUUCUUCGUCAUUUCAAACAAUAGAAAUGGAUUCAAUGUUAGCUGAAAUUGAUGCAAU